UGCAGAGAGUGGUUUCUGGGGAGUGAAGAUCCUCUGGUACUUUGCGAAAAGUCGCAACUCAUUUUGAAUAGUUUAAUUUUUACAAGUACAUAAUUCAAUAACGCGCAAUGGCUGGGCUGAAGUACAUGAGUGGCUUUGGCAAUGAAUUUUCCUCUGAAGACCCUCGCUGUCCAGGAUCUCUACCUGAGGGACAGAACAAUCCCCAAGUGUGUCCAUAUGGCUUAUAUGCUGAGCAACUCUCUGGCUCUGCCUUCACUUGCCCACGCUCAAGCAAUAAGAGAAGCUGGCUAUACCGCAUUCUGCCCUCUGUGCGCCACAAGCCUUUCACUCGGAUGAGCUGUGGAGAUCUGACCGAGAACUGGAAUGAAGUAGAGCCUGAUCCCAACCAGCUCAGAUGGAAGCCAUUUAACAUCCCCAAAUCUUCAGAGAAAAAAGUGGAUUUCGUAUCGGGUCUACAUACAGUAUGUGGAGCUGGAGAUUCGAAAUCCCGUAAUGGAAUCGCCAUCCACAUGUACUCCUGCAACACUUCCAUGACUGACAAAUGUUUCCAAAAUGCAGAUGGUGAUUUUCUCAUUGUGCCUCAACAAGGCGAAAUCCUGAUUACUACAGAAUUUGGAAAGAUGAUGGUGGAGCCCAAUGAGAUUUGUGUCAUUCAGCAAGGAAUGCGUUUUAGUGUCGACGUGUUCGGAGAGACCCGAGGAUACAUUUUAGAGGUGUUUGGUGCUCAUUUCGAGCUGCCUGACCUGGGUCCAAUAGGGGCAAAUGGACUGGCAAACCCCAGAGACUUCCAAACCCCCGUGGCUUGGUACGAGGACCGCACUAUAGCCACCGGCUACACCAUUGUCAACAAGUACCAGGGAAAGCUCUUCUCAUGUCAACAGGACUUCUCGCCAUUUAACGUGGUGGCGUGGCACGGAAACUAUGCACCGUACAAAUACAAUCUGGAGAACUUCAUGGUCAUCAACUGUGUGGCGUUUGAUCACGCGGAUCCAUCGAUUUUUACCGUUUUGACAGCCAAGUCCACUCGGCCAGGGGUGGCCAUUGCAGAUUUUGUCAUCUUUCCUCCUCGUUGGGGUGUGGCUGAUCACACCUUUCGGCCUCCUUACUACCAUAGGAACUGCAUGAGUGAGUUUAUGGGCUUGAUCAAAGGCCAUUAUGAAGCCAAAGAAGAGGGGUUCCAGCCUGGAGGAGGAAGUCUUCACAGCAUCAUGACUCCACACGGCCCUGACGUUGACUGCUUCGAGAAGAACAGCACUGCUCUUCUCAAGCCAGAGAGAGUUGCUGAGGGCACCAUGGCUUUCAUGUUCGAGUCUUCCUUCAGCAUGGCUGUGACUAAGUGGGGUUUGGAGACCUGUCAGCGUCUGGAUAAAAACUACUAUAAAUGCUGGGAGGCAUUAAAGAGUCACUUCAAUCCAAACUGGAAACCCAGCAGCAAGUAGAGCCCAUGGUUAAACCUCGACUGAAAUAUCUGAUUCACUCAUAAUGGUUUUAUCUGUGAGAGGUUCAGUUAAUCCCAGAUGUUCUGUGCAUUUAGAAUAAGAACAGCCAUACAAUUAAAUGAAAUUACAAAAA